AUGGUGUUUGAUCCCAGCAAAGACACUGUUCACAAACCACUAGGGUCGGCACCGCCAAGGGGCUUGCUCGGCGUCGGUGUCAUGAUCGAGCCGCCGUUCAAGUGCACAUAUGGGUACAACAUCUUCAUCAUGGACAGUGUCUAUAUUGGGGAGGACUGCACGAUUGACGACGCCGGUGGAGUGGAGAUUGGGGCUAGAACGCACAUUGGGCCCGGUGUGACCAUUUUCACCAGUGGAGCGAGCCGGGAUAUGCAUGAGCGCAAAGGCGUCGAUGCCGCCAUGGUGGCAAAGCGGGUGACGAUUGGCGCCAAUGUGACCAUCGGUCGUGGAGCAGUCAUCUAUCCGGGAGUGAAUAUCGAGGUCGAUUGUACGGUGGAACCCUUUGCCAUUGUUCGGUAG